CCCCAACCCCAGCUCAUCGCUCGUCGCUGCCCAGGCCAGCUCGCAGCGCCCCUUCGAGCAAAUACUUCGUCUAGCUCGCUCGUAUGCGACCGAGGCCAAGGGCCAAAGUGGAACAGUAAAAACCGUCAUCGGUGCUGUCGUCGAUGUUCAGUUUGAAAAUGAAAACUUACCACCCAUUCUCAACGCCUUGGAAGUACAAGAUUUCCAUGGUGGUCGUCUCGUCCUCGAGGUCGCUUCCCACUUGGGUGAGAACAGCGUUCGUACCAUUGCCAUGGACGGUACGGAAGGUCUCGUUCGCGGCCAAAAAGUUGUCGACACCGGUGCUCCCAUCCUAGUUCCAGUCGGCAAACCCACACUUGGCCGAAUCAUGAACGUUAUUGGCGAGCCCAUUGACGAACGUGGUCCCAUCCAAGGUGUAAAAGUGAUGCCCAUUCACCAAGACCCCCCGCCAUUCGUCGAACAAUCCACCACCGCUGAAAUUCUCGAAACUGGUAUCAAGGUCGUCGAUCUCUUGGCUCCUUAUGCUCGUGGUGGCAAGAUUGGUCUCUUCGGUGGUGCUGGUGUCGGCAAGACUGUGCUUAUUCAGGAGCUCAUCAACAACGUCGCCAAAGCUCAUGGUGGUUUCUCUAUCUUCUGCGGUGUCGGCGAGCGAACUCGUGAAGGAAACGAUCUGUACCACGAAAUGAUUGAAACCGGUGUCAUUAACCUCAAGGGCGAUUCCAAGGUAGCGCUCGUCUUCGGUCAGAUGAACGAGCCCCCAGGUGCCCGUGCUCGUGUUGCCCUCACUGGUUUGACCAUUGCCGAAUACUUCCGUGAUGAGGAAGGCCAAGAUGUGUUGUUGUUCAUCGACAACAUCUUCCGCUUCACCCAAGCUGGUUCGGAGGUGUCUGCCUUGCUCGGCCGUAUCCCAUCUGCUGUCGGUUACCAACCCACGCUCUCCACUGACAUGGGUGGCAUGCAAGAACGUAUCACCACCACCAAAAAGGGUUCCAUUACCUCUGUGCAAGCCGUCUACGUGCCUGCUGAUGACUUGACGGAUCCUGCUCCCGCCACCACCUUCGCUCACUUGGACGCCACCACUGUGUUGUCUCGUUCCAUUGCCGAGUUGGGUAUCUACCCCGCUGUCGACCCCCUCGACUCCAAGUCGCGUAUGUUGGACCCCCGUAUCGUCGGUAAGGAACACUACGAUGUCGCCACUGCCACACAAAAGAUCCUCCAAAGCUACAAGUCGCUCCAAGAUAUCAUUGCCAUUUUGGGUAUGGACGAAUUAUCGGAAGAGGACAAGCUUACUGUCGAACGUGCCCGAAAGAUCCAACGUUUCAUGUCGCAACCCUUCCAAGUCGCCCAAGUCUUCACUGGUUACGAAGGUAAACUUGUACCAUUGAAGGAGACCAUCCGCUCCUUCAAGGAGAUCUUGAACGGACAUCACGACAACCUCCCAGAGUCCGCAUUCUACAUGGCUGGCACUAUCGAGGAUGUCAAGGCCAAGGCUGAACAGUUGGCAAAGGAGAUGGGCGGAUC